AUGUUGCAACGGACGCGGUAUGUUCUUCUGCCUUUUCGCACUUACUCCUCUCUGCCAGUCGGCACGAAAUCAAAACUGAAAGAUGGGCCAUCUUUCGAGGAUUUCGUCGGUUCAAGUUCUGUCGACGAAGCUGUUGCUAAGUAUAAAGGAAAACUAAAGCUGUUAAAAGGCGAGUGUCGACUACGGUUGCCAGAUUGGCUCAAGAAGGAGAAGGUCCAGCCCAGUGAGAACGCUAACGUUUUACGUUUGAAGAAGCAAUUGAAGGGACUAAAAUUAUCUACUGUUUGUGAAGAAGCUAGAUGUCCAAACUUGGGCGAAUGUUGGGGAGGUUCAGAAGAUUCCCUUUCCACGGCAACAAUCUUGCUAAUGGGCGAUACCUGCACACGAGGUUGCAGAUUUUGCUCAGUAAAAACAUCCCGUAAACCGCCUCCUUUGGAUCCUUCAGAACCGGAAAACACAGCAAAGGCUGUCAAAUCAUGGGACGUGGACUACAUUGUUUUGACAUCAGUCGAUCGGGACGACAUUGAAGAUGGAGGUGCAUCGCAUAUCUUUCGAACAGUUCAGCUUAUGAAGAAGGAAAGGCCAGAGUUGCUAAUUGAGUGCCUGUUACCUGAUUUCGCUGGUAACGUUGAAAGUAUCGAUAUGAUGGCCCAGAGUGGACUUGAUGUUUACGCACAUAAUAUUGAAACCGUUGAGCGUUUAACGCCAUGGGUUCGUGACCCAAGGGCUAAAUACUUUCAGUCACUUGAAGGUUUAAAACGAGCAAAGGCAACGAACCGGAAGCUGGUUACUAAAACAUCAAUAAUGCUUGGUCUUGGGGAAGAAGACAACGAGGUUAUGAAAUGCUUAGCUGAUUUACGGCAACAUGAUGUCGAUGUUAUCACCUUCGGGCAGUACAUGCAACCAACAAAAAGGCACUUACUGGUGAAGGAAUGGAUUACACCACAAAAAUUUCACGAGUGGACUAAAAUCGCUCGUAAUAUGGGAUUCCUAUACGUUGCAUCUGGUCCGUUGGUGCGAUCAUCUUACAAAGCGGGUGAAUUUUACCUGAAAAAUGUUCUCCGAAAGAGGAAUCAGUAA